AACAUGGAAUCAGAAAACCAGACAGAAGUAUCAGAAUUCCUCCUCCUGGGUCUCUCGGAGGAUCCAGAACUGCAGCCCCUCCUGUUUGGGCUGUUCCUGUCCAUGUACCUGGUCAGCGUGCUCGGGAACCUGCUCAUUAUCCUGGCCGUCAGCUCUGACUCCCACCUCCACACCCCCAUGUACUUCUUCCUGGCCAACCUGUCCUUUGUCGACAUCUCCUUCACCUCCACUAUAGUCCCCAAAAUGCUGGUGAACAUCCAAACACAGAGCAAAUCUAUCACUAUAGAUAGAUAGAUAGAUAGAUAUAGAGGCUGUCUCAUUCAAGUAUACUUUUUCAUGGUUUUUAUAUGUAUGGACAAUUUACUCCUAACUACGAUGGCUUAUGACCGCUAUGUGGCCAUCUGCCACCCUCUGUAUUACAGGGUCAUCAUGAACCCUCGCCUCUGUGGCCUGCUGAUUCUUCUCUCCUUGUUCAUUAGCAUUAUGAAUGCCCUGCUCCACAGUCUGAUGCUGGUGCACCUGUCCUUCUGCACAGACUUGAAAAUCCCCCAUUUCUUCUGUGAGCUUGCUCAAAUCCUUGAACUUGCCUGUUCUGAUACCCUUAUCAAUAACGUCCUGGUGUAUUUAGUGACUAGCCUGUUGGGUGUUGGUCCUCUCUCAGGGAUAAUUUUCUCUUACACCCGAAUUGUCUCCUCCAUCUUGAGAAUCCCAUCAACUGGUGGAAAGUUCAAAGCUUUUUCCACCUGUGGGUCUCACCUGUCUGUUGUUUGCUUAUUCUAUGGGACUUGUGUUGGAGUCUACCUUAGUUCUGCAUCUUCUCUCUCUCCCGGGAAGAGGGCAGUGGCCUCAGUGAUGUACACGGUAGUCACUCCCAUGAUGAACCCCUUUAUCUACAGCCUGAGGAACAGGGACAUCAAGGGAGCCUUGAGGAAACUCAUCUCUGGAAUGUCUUCGUUUUCAUGA